AUGGGUCAUCACAAAGCGUGUGAUGUCAUUGACCUCAUACGGCUUGAUGGGAUGAGUGACCUCAGACGGCUUGAUGGGAUGGGUGACCCCAGACGGAUUGAUGGGAUGGGCAUCACGGAGGACAUCAAAUCAGAUAAGUUUAUGAACGAUCGUGAAAAAACACUGUUGAUUAUUGACGACUUGAUGAAGGAUGCCACCCAGGACAAGGAAAUUUGUGAAUUAUUUACGGAGGGAGCUCACCAUCGCCGCCUAAGAUUGGCAGACAACUCAAAUCGUCAUUUGACAGCAGAUCGACAGGGUGAUAGGCAGUCUCUAAAACUCACUUCCAGCAGUUCGAAUCAGCAUCUGACUGCAGAAAUGGCUUACCAACAAAGACAAGUGGAAGAGGAAGAAAAUUAUGCAAUGUCUGAGGUUAAUGACGAGGACGAUGACAGUGGAUUUACACCCUUAGUCAAUCAAGUAUUGGAGGAAAUUCAAUCUCAGUUCGACAAAAAAUUGGAUCAGCUUAUGGAAGAAAAUUCCAAACUCACUCAACGGGAAGCUCGAGAGGAAGUGAAAGAUAUUAUGUUACCGAAAGACAGAGCUUUGCUUCUCAGAAAAUAUAAACGUAUUCUCACACUUACUUCUAAUCUAAACAAGAGCAAAUUGCAUCGUGGUAUCCGAGAAGAAGUCUCAUCCCUAAUGGAAAAUACCGAUAUAGAUGUGGAAAAGACCAUUUCUCGCGUUCUUAAUAAGCAUAAACAAGACUUUGAUGAAUUACUUGACAUUGACGACAAUACUGAUGAUGAAGAAUCUGAUGAAGAAGAAGAAUCUGAUAAUGACGAUGAUGAUGGUGACGAGGAAGAACCAGAUGACUGA